AUGGCAGAAGCACCAGAGCCAAGCAUUGGCUCUCAGUAUGUUGCUCGGCUCGACAAUGCCAUGUUACUGCUACACGGAGGCAAAGAGAGGACUGCCAGAGAGUUCGAGGCCUUGUGCAAGGGUUCUGGGUUUUCAGACUUCCGAGUGGCUUGUUGUGUUUACAGUUGCCUUUCUGCGAAGGCAUACAAUCCAUUAAGAAUUUAUAAAUCAAGAUGGCAACAAAGUAUGAGUCUCAAAAAAGAUGACGCAGAUCGUUGGAUGAGCGAAGAGGAUGAAUCAUGUAUCCAAGCUAUGCUUUUUAUUGGCACAAAUGUGUACCACACGACCUUGAACACUGCGGUUGAGCUAAACCUGUUUGAGAUCAUCGCUCGAGCAGGCCCUGGUGCCUAUGUCUCACCCUCUGAGAUCGCAUCCCAGCUUCCCACCCAAAACCCCAAUGCACCUCGUUUGAUAGAUCGGAUGCUGCGUCUAUUUGCUAGUCACGGUCUUCUAUCUUACAGCCUGCGCACACUCGAAGAUGGCAGAGUUGAUAGGCUUUAUGGUCUCACUCCCGCUUGUAAAUUCUUUCUUAGAAGUGAUGAUGGGAGUUGUUUGGCUUCCAUAGUGACCCUGUUUUCUCACCCAGCUAUAAAGGAAGUUCGGCCAUCCUUGAAGGACGCCAUUCUUGAAGGUGGUAAUCAAUUCCAGAAAGUCCACGGGAUGAGUAUGUUUGAGUACAUGGACAAGGACCCGACACUAAACAAGGCCUUCAAUGAGGCAAUGGUUGGUCGCUCCACCAUAAUCAUGAAGAAAGUCGUGGAGACCUACCAGGGGUUUGAGGGAUUAGCAUCACUUGUGGACGUGGGCGGUGGAACCGGUGCAAGCCUUAACAUGAUCAUUUCCAAGUAUCCUUCCAUCAAAGGCAUGAACUUUGAUUUGCCACAUGUUGUGCAAACUGCACCAACUUAUCCGGGUAUUGAGCAUGUAGGAGGAAGCAUAAUAGUUAGCAUUCCAAAAGCAGACGCAAUUAUGAUUAAGAGUGUAUUCCAUAACUGGAGUGAUGAACAUUGCUUAAAAAUUUUAAGCAACUGUUAUGAAUCGCUACCGAAAAAUGGGAAGGUGAUAGUGAUAGACAUGAUAAUGGCAGAAGCACCAGACCCAAGCAUGGGCUCUCAGUAUGUUUCUCGGAUCGACAAUUCCAUGUUACUUCUACACGGAGGCAAAGAGAGGACUGCCAGAGAGUUCGAGGCCUUGUGCAAGGGUUCUGGGUUUUCAGACUUCCGAGUGGUUUGUUAUGUUUACAGUUUCGUUUCUGCGGUCAUGGAAUUUCACAAAUAAUCCUCCAUCUUUCACUUUGCGUGCUUCUCAGUGUUUUGUGCUUCUGUCAUCAAUUAGAAUAAGAUGCUAUGAAGAAUUAAAGAUAGAGAGGCGCC